AUGUCGACGAGCGCGAGAGUGUGGCCAUGUUCGCCAAGUCAUACAAAUGUCGACGAGUGCGAGUGUGGCCAUGCUCGCCAAGUCAAGAGUGUGGAUGGCUGCUUUGCUCAUCUUCAUUUGUAUGCACUUGGCAAGAGUGUGAAUGUGGCACUAUUUGCUCCGAUUUUUGUCGAGACGAGGCGAGCUAAACAAAGGAUAGUGGCCAGCCAAGCAUCCACAAAUGGUCACAUUGCAGUGUGGAUGAGAAGACCUUCGUGGGAAGCUGACUCGGUAUACAUUUGUCCUCAUCCAGAUUAUGAAUUCAUUGAUCCAAAAACACAACAACCAAAAGGUUGUACAAAAGAAAACAAGGCAAAAGUUUAUUGUAAAGCGGCAGACGGCAUCAUUUGUACCAAAUCAAACAAUUCAACAUUUCAAAAGGAUAUUCCAUGCAAAUGGACAAACGGUUACUCGUUCGAAACGGCCCUGCUACUAUCCAUCUUCCUGGGCAUGUUCGGCGCGGACAGGUUCUACCUGGGCUACCCGGCCAUCGGCCUCCUCAAGUUCUGCACGCUGGGUUUCAUGUUUUUGGGCCAGCUAGUAGACGUCAUCCUCAUCGCCACGCAGGUUGUGGGUCCGGCUGAUGGAUCCAACUACGUCAUCCCUUACUACGGAGCUGGCAUCCAAAUGAUCACUAGCAAUAAUUGCACCUACAGACUCACCCAGGAUGAAUAUCUGCUGCAUUGAGUAACGGUGAUUUCUGCUGCAUUGAGUAACGGUGAUUUCUGCUGCAUUGAGUAACUGUGAUUUCUACUGCAUUGAAUAACGGUUAUUCAUUCCCUAUUAAGUUAGACGCACACAGAUCGUCAUGGGACGGAUCGGAUGAUUAGAUUUGAUGCAUUGUUCUCAAUUGGAGUGCGCAUACCUAUCCGCAUCCGUAUAGGUAUGCGCACUCAAAUUGAAAACAAUGCAUCAAAUCUAAUCAUCCGAUCCGUCAGAUGCGUGCCGUCCGUCCGAUGACGAUCUGUGUGCGCCUACCUUUAGGGCGCUGGCAUUCGAUGAUCACUAGCAACAAUAUUGCACCUACAGACUUGCAUUGAGUAACGGUGAUUUCUGCUGCAUUGAGUAACGGUGAUUUCUGCUGCAUUGAGUAACUGUGAUUUCUGCUGCAUUGAGUAACGGUGAUUUCUGCUGCAUUGAGUAACGGUGAUUUCUGCUAAAUUGAGUAACGGUGAUUUCUGCUGCAUUGAGUAACGGUUUCUGCUGCAUUGAGUAACGGUGAUUUCUGCUGCAUUGAGUAACGGUGAUUUCUGCUGCGUUGAGUAAGAGCAUAGGGAAACAAUAGCAUAAGUAGAUAUCCCAUGGUAUAGGGCGUUUAUUUCGCAACUUUUACUGUUAUCUCAAGCCCCAAGUUCAUGUAAUUCUUUCCCGUGAAGCUGUGUGACACUGGUAGUCUCUCAUAU